AUGUUGUCCGAUCAGCAUGCACAACUGCUGCAAUCGAUGGUUGCGACAAUGGAGAAACAAGCGCUGUUGCUAGAGCAGUUUCAAAGGUUCACACAAUUAUCGGAAAUAAAGCUUGGAGGUGUAAAGCUUCCGACGUAUGGUGGCAGAUUGGACGAAUCGUUCCUUCUCUACAAGGAGCAAGUAGAGCAAUACUUCUUCGCAAAAGGAGUGAACUGGAAGUGUCAUGAGCUCUCUCUCCGCAUACUAGCCAUUUUGGGGGGCACACUAAAGCACGGAGCUGCUCAGUGGUAUGUCAUGCAAAAGCAGUACAUCACAACCGUGGACGACUUCUUCUUCAAGAUAGAACGGGAGUUCGUUCCAGCUGAUCUACAAGAGCGUCUGCGGGAAGAAAUGAAUGAUAUGAGAGAGCGCGAUUGCAAGGACCUCCCUGACUAUGUAGGCAAGUUUCGCCACGUGGUAACUCAAGUCCAAGACAUGAGCGAACUGGACAGGAUUAUGUACUUCCUACGCGGACUUUCUGGUCGUACGCGAGAAGAGGUCCAGUACCGUCGCUGUACAACGUUGUCAGACGCUAUUACUGUUGCGUUAGACUUUGACCGUUCUCAUCCGACGAGGUAUUCCCGGGGCAGGUCACAGGAUAAACCUAGGUACCGGUCAUACGACAAUAAUCGUCGAUAUCAAUCCAACACUGGCCCAGAGCCAAUGGACGUUAGCACUGUGCAGAUUCCUUCUCGGGACGAAUGUCGUCGACGAAAUUUGUGUUUCAAAUGCGGUAGUCCGAAUCAUCGCUCCGCACAGUGUCAUCAGCGCCCCACACGUUCUGUUCGAGAAAACACUAAUGCUGGACGGAACUAUCAACAUCAGGUACAUCGUCAGCAUGUAAACAAUGUGGACAGUCGUGAGGACGACCAGGACACAAGUGUUUACGACCGAGUCACGAUCAAUGCAGUGGAGGUACAAAAGGAUUCUGAGGUACCAUUCAUUGCCAUCCACUCAAGUAGCUCGGGGGCGGACAUACCAGCGCAAAGUCGACUACUCGUUCGUGAUGGUGUUAUUGGUAAUAAACCCGUCAAGAUUUUGAUUGACUCUGGAGCGUCAACGAAUCUGAUCAAACCCGGUCUGGCGUCCACAGUUCUCAGCGAACAGAUGGUACAAGCACGACGUUUUGAUGGUACCUGGACAUCAAGUCAACCCACAAAGCGGGUGGAAGAUACCAUUUUAAUCGACGGUAUGGAGUUCCCUAAGAUGCAGUUUACAGAAUGGGAUCUACCGGAUACACAUGACUUGAUAUUUGGUCAACCAUGGUUUACCAUGUACAACCCCCAGAUCAACUGGCGUACACAACAAAUUGAAGUUGCAGCACACACGACGUUCAAAGACGUGGACGGGCCGACAUUUCAUGCGAAGAUGACUCGCGGAGCCUACGAGGAAAUAUAUCAAUUAAAGGUUACCACCAUAGACCAUCAGGAGAUACCGCACGAGCUACAGCCAGUGCUAGACGAGUACAAGGACGUAUUCCCCGACCAACUUCCAGAGGUAAUGCCUCCAACGCGAUCGGUCAACUUUGAGCUACAACUGAAGCCUGAUGCGGUGCCGAGCUCUCAAGCCCCCUUCCGUCUAUCGAAAGUGGAGCAGGAGGCGCUCCAACAAUUUGUGGAGGAGAAUAUACGGAAAGGAUGGAUCGAGGUGUCCAACUCUCCAUGGGUUUCAAACAUAUUUGGGAUUCCAAAAAAGGAUCCUGUAACCGGGCGGUUCCCUAAACGCGCAGAAUGGCUCCGCAGCGGAAAUUCCAAGAUCCCCAUUAGAUGGGUCAUUGACUACCGAUAUGUUAAUAGCAUGUCUGUCGUGGCAAAAAUUCCUUUGCCGUUGAUCGAGGAACUGUUCGACCGCAUGGUGGGAUGUAAGUUUUUUACGCUUCUUGAUCUUGCGCAAGGGUACCAUCAAAUGGUAGUCUUACCAUCAAGUAGACCCUAUACGGCUUUUCGCACCCAUAAGGAAACGUAUCAAUGGUGUGUAGCACCCAUGGGUUUAUCUGGAAUGCCUGGUGUCUGGUCGCGGCUUGUGCUAACGUUGUUCGACUAA